CUGUCCAUCAGCUUCCUGUCGGAAGUGUGGAAGGCAGUCUUACGGAGGUUCGGCUGGGCCCUCGCCGGCGAGAUUUGGGUAUUUGGGGAAUACGGUUUGCGAGUGUGCACGCUUGGAUUUACUUCCAGCUUUGCGAAGAGCUACAGCGUGCACGGAGCCGUGUUACUAGUGUGUGUCCCGUGCUUAGCCUAUCGGAAGAUCUGUUUCCAGUUUUCUCCUCUGGAGCCAAAUCAGAGACAUCAUGGAGGCCCCUCCAGUCACCAUGAUGCCAGUCACUGGGGGCACCAUUAACAUGAUGGAGUACCUCCUGCAGGGAAGUGUCUUAGACCACAGUUUGGAAAGUCUCAUUCAUCGCCUUCGUGGUUUGUGUGACAACAUGGAGCCCGAGACUUUCCUUGAUCACGAGAUGGUAUUCCUCCUGAAGGGCCAGCAAGCCAGCCCGUUCGUUCUAAGGGCUCGGCGCUCCAUGGACAGGGCAGGGGCACCCUGGCACCUGCGUUACCUGGGACAGCCAGAAAUGGGAGACAAGAACCGCCAUGCCUUGGUGCGCAACUGUGUGGACAUUGCCACAUCUGAGAACCUCACGGACUUCUUGAUGGAAAUGGGCUUCCGUAUGGACCAUGAGUUUGUCGCUAAAGGGCACUUGUUCCGUAAGGGCAUCAUGAAGAUUGUGGUGUACAAGAUUUUCCGAAUCCUGGUCCCAGGGAACACAGACAGCACAGAGGCCCUGUCGCUCUCCUAUCUUGUGGAAUUGAGUGUUGUCGCACCAGCUGGGCAGGACAUGGUCUCUGACGACAUGAGGAAUUUUGCUGAGCAGCUCAAACCUCUGGUUCACCUGGAAAAAAUAGACCCCAAAAGGCUUAUGUGAUUAAGAAAAGUCCGUCCGUCUUUGAGGUCUGUCCUCACCUGGUAGGCUGCUGCCAGUCAGGCAGACUCCCUUCGAGAAACUGAGUGGUUUCCUUCAUUAGGUAAUUUUGUUGUUUUGUGUUGUUUUUUUGGUGACAGGGUCUUACCUUGUAGCCCUGGCUCACCUGGAACUUGACUACAUCAGUAGCUAGCCUGGAACUCAGGCCCCCUGCAUGUCCGUCUUAAGUGCCUGUGUCUUCUCCUUGGCAGUCUCUGCUGAUUACAGGCCCAGGAUAACAUGGAGAUUUGUUCAAGUCCUCCCUUCGCCCAAAGAGAGGGAAGUGGACUAAAUUAGCUUUUCGGAGGAAAAUGUCAAAGACAACUCUAAUCAUUGUUUUGCCCUUUGUUGUUGUUUUGUUUUUUAUAAAAGUAUUUUCUUAUUCUGUUAUUUAUUUUUUGCUUUGUUUAUAAGUUUUUGUCUUGUUUUGCCUUUUAUAUGUAAGGUUCGUAACAGCAUUGUGAGCUGGCAUUGUAUAGUAAUAAAGACAGGAAAGAAA